GCCUUGCAGAUGCCCCUCCAGAUCUCGUGCUGGAGCCCGCAAACGUGCCCAAUGGCCAUGUCGACUGGACUCGCUCAUACCACGGACUAAGCGCCGAGCCGUUCUCAAAGGAAGCUGCUGCGAUCCUGCUUGCGCCCGUCGAUCCAGACGAUGUCGAGAUCAAGCCUGAUGGGAUAGUAUACUUGCCUGAAAUCAAGUACAGGCGUAUACUCAACAAGGCGUUUGGGCCAGGCGGGUGGGGUCUUGUACCGCGCAGUGAGAGCAUAGUUACAGGCAAGACAGUAACAAGAGAAUACGCUCUUGUCGCCCAUGGACGGCUUGUAUCUGUAUCCCGCGGCGAGCAGGACUACUUCAGUCCAGACGGCAUACCUACUGCCACGGAAGGGUGCAAGUCCAACGCGAUGAUGAGAUGCUGCAAGGACCUGGGUGUUGCGAGCGAGCUGUGGGAUCCUCGCUGGAUCCGCAAGUUCAAGGCGAACUAUGCAAAGGACGUGUUUGUCGAGCACAUGGUGAGCAAGAAGAAGUCGAAGAUCUGGAUACGCAAGGACGACGAGGUCAUGUACCCCUGGAAGAAGACAUAA